AUGGUAGACACUAAUCCCGAUGAUCAGAAUGAUGAUUCCGCCUACAAGCGUGGCCAACAGCAUAAAUGGACUCGCACACGUAAGGCUGACCAUGCUAAUGCUUCAAAGAAGCAAAAGCGGGAGAGGGAACACAAGGUUACGGAAUUCACUCCAAGAUUAGACGAGGAUGGUAACCCCUUGCCCAAAUCAGAACGUAAGCCCAAGAAGAAAGUGGCUGUUAUGAUCGGGUACUGUGGCACAGGAUACAAUGGUAUGCAGAUUCAGAAUAAUCCCGAUGUUAAAACCAUUGAAGCUGAACUCUUCAAGGCAUUUGUUAGUGCUGGUGCCAUUUCUCCAGAAAAUUCAGAUGACUUGAAGAAGAAUGGGUUCAUGAGAGCUGCAAGAACUGAUAAAGGUGUUCAUGCAGCUGGGAAUGUCAUUAGUGCCAAAUUAAUCAUUGAAGAUCCUCAGAUUAUUGAAAAAAUUAAUAAGGAAUUACCUGAUCAAAUUAGAGUUUGGGGCAUAGAAAGAACCAAUAAAUCGUUUGAUUGUCGUAAAAUGUGUUCUUCAAGAGUUUAUGAAUAUUUAUUACCUACUUAUUCAUUAUUACCUCCCAAGCCCAAAUCGGUCUUGAGCGAGUUGAUCCGGUCGAAGAACGCAGCACAUCCGGGGAUUAUCCGAGAUGAUACCGAGGGCUCGGAAUGGUGGAGUGCAACUGAAAAGGCUAUUCUUGAUGAAGGUAUAACCCCAGAGCAAUUGCAAGAAGCUCAAAAGAUCUUGGAACAGCAAAACACCCUAGUUGCUAAAGCUGCCGGUGGCACAGAACAAGGUACUAGUGAAAAAGUCAAGUUGUACAAUUCCGACGGAACCAUCACUGAGGCUGGAAAGCUCAUCAAAUCAAUUAAAUCAAUUGAAAAUAAAAGAAGAAGAGCUUAUCAUGUUUCUGAAGAAAGAUUGAACUUAUUCAGAAAAGCCAUGAGCUUAUAUGAAGGGUCUCAUAACUUCCAUAACUUCACUUUGGGUAAAGACUUUAAAGAAGCUUCGGCAAGAAGGUAUAUCAUCAAGACAACUGUGUCUGAACCAUUUGUAAUUGAAGGUACUGAAUGGGUGUCUAUUAAAUUACAUGGCCAAUCCUUUAUGCUACACCAAAUCAGAAAGAUGAUUGCCAUGGCCGUCUUAGUCAUUAGAACCGGAUGUCCUUUGGUCCGGAUCACUGAUUGUUUUGGCCCCACCAAAAUCAAUGUUCCAAAGGCUCCCGCCUUGGGGUUGUUGUUGGAAAACCCGGUUUAUGAGGGCUAUAACGCCAUUUUGGAGAAACAUGGUUAUAAUAGACUUGAAUUUGGGAAAUAUAAAAAGGAAAUGGAUGCUUUCAAAAUGAAGUACAUCUACGAUAAGAUUUAUGGUGAAGAAGUAAAAGAAAACACCUUUUAUAGUUUCUUUGGCUUCAUCGAUACCUUCAAGGGUAAUGCUGUUGAUACCAGCAGUAAUGAAGGUAAACAUAUCUUUGAUUUCUUGGGUGCUGUGUUCGAUUCUGGCUUGGAUGAAAAUGGUAAUAUCAAACCGGUUUAUGUGGAAUCAGAUGCUGAUAAGGUCUUACCCAAUAAGGCUCAAGAUAACGUUGAUUAA